AUGCGAGUCAUCCGAUUGAAAAACGAAGUCAUGAACAUGCAAAUCCCUGCUCCGUCCGAGUUUCACGUUCUUUCCUUUUCUAGAAACGAUGAGAGUACGCUCACUUCGACCCUGUUCCUAUCGGGCAUCUCGUGCGCCCUCAAGGUCACAAUCGUUGGUGAUACUAACCGCGAUGGAAUCGUCGACACCACCGGAGACGCCGACCUGAAGGGAAGAGACACAUGGACAGACCAAGCCGGCGCCAUCUUCCUGGCCAACAUUGGAGAUACGAACCGUCGUUGCUCUUCCAAGGAUGAGGCGGUAGCGCAAAAUGUGCGCAUCUUCCGCCGCGUGGGCCAAGGCUGGAUAUCGCCCAAUCACACAUUUACCAGCGAGGACCUCAGGAAGGGCCUCAAGCUGGGCGUCGACGCCCGCGAUGCGGAUAGUAGACUGCGCCAGCCCCGGCUCCUCAGCGCCAGAGGCGAUGACGAAGAGUCGUAUCCAAAUGACUGGCCGGGGGCUGUGGCCUUCUACCCAGCGGCAAUCAACGGCGUGGUGCUCAGCAACACAGCAUAUCUAGCCCCAAAUCCAUGGUGCCCGGUGAUCAACGGCCGGGACAUCUUGGCGGAGAGCGUCACGGCCGCAUACGCGGCGGGGGGUUUCGACGUCCUAUAUGUGGACGACUACUUCUUGGCCCAUGCACACUCUGGGGAUGUGCAUUGUCUGACAAACACCAUUCGCGAGGUGUCAGGCAAGUGGUGGCAACGCGGCGACCCCGGAGCUCGGAAGGUCUGA